CAAUGACGCGGAGACACACCGAGCCGCGGCGUCCGCUCCACCGUCUCCCCGGCGCCCGUCUCCCGCUCAGGGCGGCUCUAAAUGGGCGUUUUUAACCGCCUCUUGAACCGUCCUCCACGUUUGGAUAUUUCCCCGAAAUGAAGCGACUGAAUGUGAGCAACAAGAAGUGUCCCGUCGUGCCCUCGUCUCCAGCGUUAGUAGCCAAGAAGUCCGUGGGUUCGCCGCGUCUGUGGCUUCACAGUUAGUUGUUUGGAGGAAUUGAUGCAGUCAGUGGUGGACUGCUCAACUUUUUCCUCCCCUUUCGCUUUUUUGUUGUCUUUUUUUCCCCCUCAAGCGAGGUUUUCCAUCUGUGAAACAAAGAUUUCAAGAUAGUCCAACUACGUGAAACCCAGCGCCUUGGCAUCGCGCUCCUGCCGGACGGAAUAACCUUUCUGUGCGGUUAUUCGCCUUUACGAGCAUCUUCUCUGGGCCACGCUGGAAGUCGCCCCCCAUGUGGCCGUCGGGAGCGGGCAGCAGGCAGCCGUGCCCGCGGGAGUCUGCGCUGCGCAGGGCGGCCGUGAGCGGCAACAUGAGCGCGCUGCCGCCGCACCACGUCCCCGCCGGCCGCAGCGUGCGCGUCUUCAUCUGCGCCAACCCCGACGACACAGAAGCAGAGAGGAACGCACUGAAAGAGCACGUCUACCCCAAAUUACGAGACUUCUGCAGAGAGAACUAUGGGAUUGAAUUCCAAGUGGUGGACCUGUACUGGGGAGUAGAUCCAGAGGAGUGGGACAGUCCGGAGCUGCAGAGACUUCGCAUGAAGCUACUGGAGGAAUGUCUGAAGACCUCGGCUGGACCGUGCUUUGUUGGGCUGGUGGGAGAGAAAUACGGCAGCAUCCGAGUGCCGGGGGAGGUGGAAUCUGCAGAGUUUGAGAUGAUCUUGGAUGCGGCCGUGGAAGCGGGGCUGGACACCCACAUCUUGGAAGAGUGGUACUGCAGAGAUGAAAACUCUGUGCCGCCCGCAUACUACCUCAAGCCCAAAUCUCAAAUGCUCAAGAAUUUCCAGAACUCAAUGGAGUCCAGCGGCGCAGCAAAGACCAAGAACGACAAGGCCUGGAGGAAUGUGUCGGAGGAGAUCAAGAGGAUCUUCAGAACAGCUGUGCUGCAGCUCCAGGAGAAGGGGACCAUGAAGAGCCCUCAGGCCAAGAAAUUCCUCUGCUCUGCUUUGGAGGAUGAAUUAGACUUUGCCCUUGGGAAACAAACACCUGCCUUUCUCAGGAAAUGUGUCUGCUACAUCCGCAAGAUCUCCAACUUCGACCGCUUCGCCAAACUCCCCGAAAUGUCCCGCUACAUGGACAUCGUGGUCGCUGCCGAUCGCGUGAUGCGCAACCAGGAAUCCUACGAACGCCUCCUGAAGGUGAGGGACGAAUUCAUCCCGACCAUCGUGGCCGCCUCCAACCUCCGCGUGUAUUCCUCCGUCACUCACUGCGACAUGAAGCUGGGCUACUCCCAGGAGGUGGAGAGCCACUACGUGGAAGGUCUGUGUAAGCAGUUCUACGAGGACAUGGUGGACAUCAUCCAGGCCACGGUCCAGCAGAACUUUGACACAGAAACGGAUCCGCUGUACGACGAGAUCCUGCAGCACCUGUCCCUCUGCAAGACCUACGCAGCGCUCUACGAGUACAAAACAGAGUCUCUAGAGUUUGUGCAGGAGUAUGUGAUGCCGUCUAAGGGGAGCAGGAUGAGCCCUCUAGUGGUGUACGGAGGACCCUGCACGGGGAAGACCCUGCUGCUGUCUGAGGUGGCCAAACAGGCCUACACAUGGCUUCAGAAAGAGAUGGGCCCUGAAACAGACCCUGUGGUAGUCGUUCGGUUUAUUGGCUCAAGCCUGCUCUCUACUGACCUACGAACUCUCCUCCAGAGCAUCUGUGAACAGAUCGCGAUAAACUACCGCUGCCUGAUUCACUUUUUGCCUAACAAGAUUCAGGAGAUGAGGGAGCUCUUCAUCAACCUCCUAGGGGAAUCAUCAUUCCACAGGCCCUUGGUAAUCGUCUUAGACUGCCUGGAGCAGCUCUCAGAUGGAGACGAAGCUCGCAAGCUGUGGUGGCUUCCCAUACAUCUGCCUCGCACAGUUCGCAUUGUUGUAUCAACGCUGCCCAAUAAACAUGGAAUCUUGCAGAAGCUCCGCCACCUCAUCCAUGAUGACGGAUAUUACGUGGAGUUAAUCCAGAGAGACCGAAAACUUUGCAGCCAAACAUUAAAACAGCAAUUGCUUGGGGUGAAGCGAAAGGUAACUUCAGGCCAACAAAUAUAUGUCAACGAGGCACUUGCCAAGUGUACAUUGCCAAUGUUUGUUAAUCUCAUCUACAGAGAAGUAGUUCAUUGGAGGUCUCACAAAGAUGUGGAUGAUAAGUCGCUCUGCUCAACAGUGCAUGAGAGCAUAGAACAACUUUUCUACUCUGUGGAGAACAAACUGGGCCAACGGUUUGUCUUCAGAGCAUUAGGGUAUAUCACCAUGGCCAAGGCUGGGCUAACGGAAGUUGAGUUGGAAGAUAUCCUGUCUCUUGACAACAUUGUUCUUGGCGAUGUCAUUGUGGCAAAUUACCUCAAAAACCCUCUGAGAAUCUCCUAUGACUUAGUUGCAAAGCUCAGGGAAGAGCUUGAGGGCUAUCUGAUAGAACGGCAGGUACGGAACGUCACCUUGUUGGUUUGGGCCAACAGGCACCUUCAUCUCAUAGCCCAGAAGCUGUACCUCAGCAAUGAGGAGGAUGUGCAUCAGAUGCACAGCCUCUUGGCUGAGUACUUCCUUGGGGCCUGGUCAGGAGGAAGGAAAAAGAUCUUUACUUAUGACAACAACCAUUUCACUUCCCUGAACAUUUCUCAUCACAAGAACCCUCAUCAUCAACAGUCCCAUGAAAAAACAUCAUCUGAUAAAUACUCCUACGACAGACAGACUCCCGAACAGCCUUGGGUGUUCCAGUGCAACCUUUUGGAGCCUGACAUUUUCUUUGUCAAUCACAGAAAGAUGACAGAGCUCGUGUACCACCUCACCAGGAGUGGGCGAACGGAUGAUCUGAUGUUUGGUGUGAUCAUGAACUUCAGCUGGCUGUACACAAUGAUCAAGAUUGGACAAUUUGAAAAGGCUUUAACAGACAUUGACACAGCUUACAGCUACACCCAAGAAAAGGAGCUCAAGUUUCUAGCCACCACUCUUCGUAGUGUCAAAGUAAAAGUUCUAAAAAACCCUGCGUCUCUGUCCGCAGAGCUACAGCAGAGACUAUUGCCAGUGGUCACCUCCCUACCUAAGCUUAGACAUCUCCUUCUGGAGUGUGACAAAGAUGGCCCAAAGUACUGCUCCAUUAUGCCUCUUCACUCCUCUAUGGAUGUCACCUACAGUCCAGAAAGACUUCCUCUUUGCUCCAGCUACAUGCAGAUCGUUGAAAUCUUGCCCACUUUAGCACCAAACAUUGUCCUUGUAGCAUUAGAAGAUGGGUCUGUCAGCACCUGGGAUGUAGAGAGCAGGCAACUCCUACGACAGAUUGACACAGCCAGAUCUGUUGUGCUGGGAAUCAGGCUAACCUCUGAUGAGAAGUACCUGGUUGUUGCCACAACCAAAAAUACCCUGCUCAUCUAUGAUAAUCACAAAUCCUGCCUUUUGUCAGAGGUUGAAAUCAAAGGAUCAAAGCACAGUGGUGUCAGCGGUGAAGUUGCUUUCAUCAAUGGUUUUACUCUGUCUACCCAUCAUGCUUUGGCUUGGCUUGAGGCCAGUAAAGAAGUCAAUGUCAUUGACCUCUUGUAUGGGUGGCCUCUCUACCAGUUCCAUUGCUGGUACGAGGUUACUUGUGUCCAGUGCUCACCAGAUGGAAUGUAUGCCUUCUGUGGCCAGUACCUCAACACCACUUCCAUCUUUCAUCUAGGUAAUGGGGACAAGUUGGCCACAGUGACGUCUGAGUUUUCUGGUGGGUUUGUCAAAUCCAUCCUUGUACUGGACACCCUUAACCAAAUGGUGAUGAUUGACAAUGAAGGCAGCUUGUCAGUAUGGAGCACCAAAGAGGUAACCAACCCGAAGUUGAUGGAGGACUAUGAUUGUAGAGGGGAUGACAGUGAAGUGGUGGGCAUUGAGUUAUCUGAAGACCAGCGGUCCAUUCUUCUUUGCAAGGCAAGGAGUAUCGAGGUUCUUGACACAAAAGUUUGGAAGAUGGUUGAGAAGUUCAAAGCUAAACGUACUGAACGCUUUGUUGCUGCUGUUCUUUCCAAGAAUGGGCAAAGCAUUGUGGCCUCCAUGGAGAACACCUCCUCCAUCUUUGUCUGGAGGAGGGACAGUGGACAGUGCAUGGCUAGUCUGAUUGAGAUCUCAGGAGCUAUUGUUAAACUUAUCAAAUCAGUUCACCACAACCUGCUUCUUUCUGUUGCCAGCAGUGGAGUUCUGUCGGUUUGGGAUAUUGAUAUAAUCACCGCCAUGUCCAACAUUGACAAAACAGGCAAGAAGAUACAGACCUUGCAGCUCUCUGGUCGAGAGGACUACGUCUUCACCAUGGAUGGCUCAGAAGCUGUCCAUAAGUGGAACUUUAGCACUGGGUUUAUUGAGAUGGUCUUCAAACACGAGGGCAUAGUGGAGAACUGCGUCCUUACCUCCUCAGGGGAUCUCAUGGUGACUUCAGAUGACAAGUCUAGUCAGUACAUCUGGCAAAUUAACACUGGAGAAAACAUCUUCCGCAUCAAUGGACAGAGAAUAUCACAGCUGCUAAUCACCCACAAUGACCAGUUUGUGGUGUCCCUUUGUGAGCAGAAUGCCUCCAGAGUCUGGAGGCUUGCAACUGGACACAAAGUGUGCAACAUCUUAGUCACUCUCCAAAGUGCACUGAUCACCACAGCAAACACUUUCCUGGUGGGAACAUCCAAGAACAAACUCCUAGCUGUCAGCCUUUGGUCAGGCAGUGUGUCAAAGAAGUUUGUCUGUGAUGACGGCAUUAGCAUUGUCAACUUCAAGCUCAUUCCUGACUGCCCAGACUGUGUGGUCUUCAUCACAUCCACGGAAACCGUCUUCAUCUGGAGUGUGGCAGAUGAAUCAGUGUGCAGGCGUGUCCAGCUGCCACCCAACUUCCUCAAAAAUCUAGAGGAAUUUCAGAUCUCGCCCAAUGGAAAAUUAGGAAUAGUCUCCAAAGGGGAUGAGAAUAUUAAUGUCCUUGAUCUUCACAGUGGGAAGCUGAGGCUUGUACAUGCUGCAGGCAUAAUCUGGCGUCAGAAAUUAUCAAGAGAUGGGCGUUACCUUGUGUAUGUCUGUUUCCGAAACUGUGAUGAGGACGAUGAUGCAGGUGUAGUGUCCAAUCUGAUCGUGAUGCGCCUUGCUGAUGGUAAGAGCAUCGGCACAUGUUCACUUUACAAGACACCCACCUUCCUGUCUCUCUCCCAGCGAGCACUAAACAUCAUUAUUGGAUUUGAGGACGGCAGCAUCGGCACAUAUACAGUUGUGGACCGUGUGGAUGCUGCCCUGAAGAUAAAGAUAGCCACCUCCAACAGCCGACAGAUCGUCAACAACGCCUCCCAGAAGGUCCGCCCCAAAUGUGGCAACCAUUCCUUCAAGAGCAUUUCCGACUGCGUCUGGAGGGAGUCAACAGAGGUCUUUUCCAGGGAUAGCCCCAUCAACGUGUCAGACUCUGGAGAGGGUGAGUCGACAACACCUACAAAAAAGGCAGAACUGCUGCAGUGAAAGAUGGAGAACACAGGAGCAAGAGGAGUCCAGCCAGGAGGGUGGAGACAGGUGACAAAGCUUAGAAUCUCUGGGGUUGCAGUUGAUUCUUGUUUACAGCCAUGUGAUUCAGCUGCAGAUGUCAGCCCUGUGGGUAGUUAGUGGGCCGACCAUUUUAACGCUGCACUCAAAUAUUGUAUAACUUACUUUCAACUUAUGAUACUCCUUAUAUUACUUUUACACAUGAAGACUGUUAAAAAUACUGUUUUACAAAAGAAGAAAAAUGUAAGCUGUAGGGUAUUAGUUUGCCAUUAUGUGUCCUUUUGCAUUUGAAGAACUAAGUUAUUAUUCAAAUGUCUUGGUCAAACAUUUUUAAAGCAGUGAUCUUAUCCAUCUUCAUUUUUUUAUUUACAUUGAACACAUUAAGACAUAAUAUUGUUAUUAAAAACUUAGAUUUAUGUUUGUAAUAACAUCAGAGAGUACUGUACAAAAAGGACGAACUAUUGACAUAUGUACAUAUCUUUUUUGGCUGCUGCAAUUUGUGCAACUCCUUAAAAAUGUUAUGUUGUGCUUAAUGCAAUCAAAGUGAGUGCCUGGAAUUCAAAAUGUUCUUUAUGUGCAGAUUACAAGAUUUAUGAAAAUGCAGGGACUUUGUAAACACACUAUACGCACCGUUGCAUAAUACUUGCAUUGAAGUUAAAUCUACCGAAAUCCAGUCAACAUCAGGAGAGAUUGAUGGCAUUGCUUUGUAUAAUGAUAGCUGUAGGAGUUUUUUUUUGGAACAGUUUACGUAAAUUUGAUGUGAAUUUACUGGCGGUUCCAUCAGUUUGUGUGCAGUUUGUGUUAAGGGAAACACCACUAUUGAGCAUACAGUGUAGCAUAGCACCAUACACAUUCACGCCUUAACCAGUGUACUUGCUUUAGGUGUAAUGGAGUUACUUCAAAUGUUUCAGUAUAGAAGGAGAGAGUAAGUUUUGAAGAAAACGUGGCUACAUUUAGAAAUUUAACCAUUAGGUGGAAGCACUUUAGGAGUGGUUUGUGAGAAAUUAUUUGAUUUAUUUUGAUGAACUGUAGUAUAAAUUAUUGAAAGUGGUUUAGAUUUGUCUGUAAAAAAAGAAAAUGUCUUACAUCAACUGAUCGAAACACGCAGGAUAUCUUUGGAGGCUUACUUGAAAUGCUACAUUCUCCCCACAUUUGCCUGUUUUUAACAAAAAGCAAAGAUCCUGUCAUCUUUAAAAUGGAAAGGUGGAGCCCUUUUGGAAAUCAGUAGAAUUGAAUUAUCUGCUCCUGGUCAGGGAAAUGAUUGGGGACAUGAUGUCGGAGAAUCAUUUCAAAGCCUGUAGUUGUAUCACCUUUUGUAAAACAGAAGAAAAAAAAAAGAAAAAAAACAGCUUUGCAUAAGAUAUUCAAGAUACUGAAUGUGCAGGGGAAAAACUAGCUGUAGGGAAAAGAAAAUGUAUUUGUUUUUGAACGUCUGAGCACAAAUUCAAAGAAAAUGUUGAUUUUAUGGAAAACGUUUCAGCAUUAAUUUUGAAUUCCAAGUUCUGUUGCAUAGUUUACAAAAGGUGGCAGAGGUUUUGUAGGCCUCAAAGGCACUAUCUGUGUCCGAAAUUUCACACUAAAGACGCCAUGUACUAUUCUACCAUGGUAUGAAUAUUUUUGCAAGACCAUAGCAAAAAGCUAGUCGUAUGAAAAGCCCACAUUUAUGGCUUAGUAAUGCAGCAUUUAAGCUCUGGACAGUAUACUGGUUUAAAUUUUCCACAGUGCAUGGCAGUGGUGAAGCAUGGUAAGUCAGGUCAUGCUGAUUUAACAUACAGUUGUAACAUUUCAAUUUUCAAGGAGUAACAUUCAAUCCUUUUGCCACAUCGGUGGAUGUAGGCUAUGUUCACACUGCUAUCCCAAGUCUGAAUUUAGCAAAUCCAGAUUUUGUCUAUGAAUACACUUUUUAACAGUCAAACACUUCAUAAAAUAUUUUUUUUUCUUAAUUGGAUUCAAAUCACAUGCAGUUUGUUUUUUUGUUUGUUAGUUUGUUUUUUUUUGUGUGACACAAACGACGACUACAUCUACUGUAGUGCUGUACUACUGUUGUGACAGACAGACAGAUUAGCUCACAGCUAACCUGCGUAGCUCAUACGCUCUGCUGUACUGACACAAGGGUGGAGUCAGCUUCCUUAAAUAAAGUAUUAGGGUCCUCAAACUCUGGCGCUUUCCUGUAACUUUACAUCCAUCCUAUGCAUUUAGAUUACCAUAGCAACCAGUCAGAAAGAUUGGAUCAUAAUCGGAUCAGAGACUCUAAGAACAAAGCUGUCUCUGCUGAAUCCCAGUUAAUUAAAAAGAAAAAAAGGGCCAAUGGGCAUAAUGAUCAAUAAUAAUAAUGAAUUUAACUUGUAACGCACUUUCCAUUCAAUGAAUCUCAAAGUGCUACACUUAGACCAUUAUUCAUUCAUACACAUUCUCACCGGUGGUGGUAGCUACGUUUGUAGCCACAGCUGCCCUGCAGACUGAUGGAGGCGUGGCUGCCAUAUUGACCAAACGGCCCCUCCGACCACCACCAACAUUCAAACACAUUCACACGGGGCAAGCUUGGUAAGGUGUCUUGCCCAGGGACACUAAGACAGCAACUGGGACGGAGCGGGAUUCGAACCGCCAACCUUCAUUGGACAACCCGCUCUACCACUGAUCAAGCCUAGACUCUAGCUCAAACACACUUUAGCUCAGUUACCACAAGCUAGCUCAUUUAUUUAGGCUUAGUUCAUGUUAACCUACAAUACCCAUUAAUAUUAACUUGUAUUCAUUCAUUCUGCUGCUGCAAGAGGUAGAACAAGCUAAAUGCUGUUUCUGGCUGCUUAGCUAAGCUUCAACCACAGCCAAAGCUGAGUUUUAGUCUAGCUUUUAGUUCAGAGCUUAUAUGUCAGAUUCAAUAGAAAUGCUAAUUGCUUAGUAGCUAAAGUGAUAACAGUUUAGCAUAUUAGACUGGAAAAGAUACAGCCCUAAUCAUGCAUACAUUUGUGGCAUUAUAAACUUUUACCUAAGGUUUGUUAAAAUUUCAACCUACUCUACAGUUGUCACGGAUGUGGAAGCCAUGGAGACCAAAAAGUUGCCAGACUGAAAAUAUGUUUAUUUUAGCUGCAAAACUGAUCAGUUUUACCAUGGAGGUCAAAGGAGAAUGUUUUAAUCUUUGGAGCCAGCCCCUAGUGGUCGGUAGAGGAACUGCAUUUUCCACUUCCAGGAUAGCGUCACAUGAGCGAGCCGGAUGUAGACCGGUGGAUCGGAUCUGCUAAAAACUUGAUUUGGCCUGGUAGUGUGAACAAGAUGACAUGAUAAUACACUUAUCAAAUAUUUCCAGAAAAACAAAUUGCAUUGUUUCUUCAUUCAAAAGUAGGAUAAACAAUAGCACACAUAGUGAACAUGAGGCGCAUGGUGUGAAAUUUCUGACGUAGUGUCUGACUCGAGGCUUCAUCACAGGCUGAAAUUAAAAUGUGCUGACAAUCUCAAAGAUAUAUCCGUGAGGUUGUACCUUUCAGUUGCUGGGGAAGCUUUCUAUAAAGCAUGUCCGCGGUACCCUUAAAUUCACCUUUUUCAAGCUCUGAUAAGUGGAAUCAUCUGACAGGCAUGAAAUAUCAAUAGUAAUUAAUAGUAAUAGUAAAUAAAAAAAAAACACUUUCACUUCAACGUUUACUAUGUAAGGGCUAGUCCAUAUUAUCUUACGUUUACUAGUUUUGAAAGUUGAGACAAUGGCCCUUUCGGACUGGGUAACAGCAUCAAGCUUUAAAUUUAUUAAUUAGGUCCAAAGUCCCUACUAUAGUUUAUUUCAUUUUAUUGACCGUCUCAUUUGUUUUUGAGGCUUGUACUGUAAUUAUAUUGUUACCAAACUGUUAAAGUGUUGACUGUGAUUAUGUUUAUGAUAGAGAAAAUGUGCUAUCUUUGCUUAAAAAAAAAAAAAUUAAUAAAUUAAAAAAAAAAAAAGUUUAAAAGAGUCCUCUUAUAAAAAUAUAUUGGAAUGCCAGUCUAAGAGUAUAUUUGAAUGUGUCAUUAUGGAAGCCAGUAAACAGUAUUAUUGUAUGUUAAGUAACUUGAAUGACUUUUAAUAAAUUACGUUUGCAACUCAUAGUUGACAUACUGGUAAUGAAUGUUUCUAUGGUAUUGUUUGUAUUGUCAGGACUGACUUACCUGUUUAGAGAUUUAUAUUUUCAUAAAUGUUGUACUUAGAUUUUGUUACAGAGUUGUUUAACUGAAAAAUCAAAGAGAAAAGAAACUUAUGUCUGAAGCAAUAUGAAACUAGUG